CGUUUUUGUUUUUAUUCUAUUUUGCGUGUGGAAAUGAUGUCGAAGAAGUAAAAGAUGCUCUCGUCUGCAUGCUGCUCAAGGUUUGUACUGCAAAUUACGGAGCAGUCGAUUAACUGAACUGAAGGCGCGCUACGUUGUUUGACGCAAGACACAAGUACGCUUUUCACUCGGACGAACAUGACUGUCCCUGAGAUCGAAAGCUAGGUAAGCCAUCCAGCCAUGUAUGAUUCUCCAGUAUCGCUGCAAGAGUGCUGUGUCGACUUCAUCUGUGAGAACAUCGUAGCGAUUUGCGAUGUACAAACAUCCCCCGAGGAUCAGCAACCCCGGUACACCUUCAGAGAUCCAGACGUGUUCUUCCACACGGAAGUUUCCCAGCAAGUUCUGGAAACGUUGGGUAAUCGCGGGCAGCUCAACGAUGUUGUCCUAUCUCUGUUUGACUCUAGAGUCACCAGGCUUCAGAAAGUGCACCUUCGGAAAGCUUCUAAUGUCACUACGAGGGGCCUGCGGGUUUUACGCUCGCAUCAGCUGACUGAAAUCGAGGCGACGGGACUGACGAAAGUGACAGUGAACGACCUGAUUGGUUGCCUGGGAGACUGGACGCUAACGCAUUUGCGGACCCUCAAUGUGGCCCGCUGUGCGUUCACCAGCGCCAAGUUGUGCGUGGUGGUGGCCCUCUCAAAACUGCGCAACCUGUCCUCCCUCAACGUCAGCCACACAGAGUUCAAUCGGCACGGCCUCGACAUUGUGACACAGGACCUGCCCCACCUGGAGGCACUCGACAUCUCUGCAACGAGGGUCAAGGAUAUCUCCCCGCUUCUGAAAUGCCGUGACAAAUUGCGCUCGCUGAGCAUGUACAACCUCAAGGCCCUGAGCUGCGAGGAAGUGGUGCCCGUUCUGGUGCAGCUGGAGCAGCUUCGUCACUUGGACGUUUCGGUGGAUCGCGACCACCCACUGGACCUGCUCAACCCCCUGCGCUACGACGUCUCGCCGCUCCUUAAGGACCCGACCCGGUUGCCUCACCUCCUUUCCCUCGAUGUCUCCGGGAAGGACGGCCUCACCAUCCACACACUUGUAGAUUUUCUGAAGGCUCACCCCAAACUCAACUUCCUAGGACUAAUGCAGACGGACAUCUGCUUUGACGAUUAUUUCACGAGACAGCUGCCUCAGAGCAGAGACAUUACGAUUACGGGCUCCGCAAACGAGCAGCAAAUUCUGGAUUCUCUUCGAAGGUAUACGGACCGGCAGUUCUAUGUCCAGAAAUCCCUCUAUUAUCUGUACAGCUAUACGCAGAAUUACUCUCAGCCUCGGGUGGACAUUAUAAAGCUCAUAUUGCCAGGAAUGGGAGAACAUUCCAAAGUCUUGGGGAUUCAGAUGGCUGCAACGGCAUGCCUCUAUAACCUCUCCAAGAGCACCCUCGGGCAGAAAAUCCACCCACACUGGUUGAGGAAGAUAGUCAUGCUCACGCUGGCUGCCAUGGAAAACUUCCCUCGGCAUCAGCAACUUCAGAAGAACACUUUGCUGACCCUCUGCAGUGACCGCAUCCUUCAGGAUGUUACGUUUGAUCGCUACCACUGCGCGAAGCUGGUGAUGGAUUCGCUGGUAGUGUUUGACGACCCUUCGAUGAAUCGGAUGUCUGUCGCAAUCUGCUCCAUUCUUGCGGCUAAGAUUUCCACAUCGGAAACGUCUGCUUUGGGUGCCAAGCCACAGUACAUGGAACGCCUGCUCAAAAUUGUCCAGAGCAAGCUCUACGUCGGUGAAGUGGACAUCAUGAUGAAAUUUACCCUCAGUGCACUCUGGAACCUUACCGAUGAAUCACCAAAAACGUGUUCGGUCUUCCUUUCAAUGGGUGGGAUGGACCUGUUUCUGCACGUGCUGGAGCUCUUCAUAGGUGAAAAUGCGGUGGAGACGAAAGUUCUGGGACUAGUGAACAACAUUGCGGAGGUGCCACAUCUGAGGAGGGACCUGCUGACGGACAAUUUUCUAGGAAUUCUCAUAAAACUUCUUCAUUCCAGCCACAUUGAUGUGAGCUAUUUUGCUGCUGGCAUUGUAGCUCACCUGGCGAGCGACGGGCCGGACAGGUGGACUGUCACUUGCGUCUCGCUCGAUGAGAUGCUCACCGAACUGGGCCAGGUGGUUCAAAGCUGGAAAAGCCCAGAAACCGAAAUGGUGGCAUACAGGUCCUUCAACCCUUUCUUCCCUCUUCUGAGAUGUCCUAACGCGUACCAAGUACAGUUGUGGGCUGUUUGGGCAAUGCACCAUGUCUGCUCAAAGAAUCCUAAACGUUACUGCAGCAUGCUCUUACAAGAAGGGGGAACAAAUGUGCUGCGAGACAUCUUGUCAAACCCGUCAACUCACCCGAUGGUUCUGCAAAUCUGCCACAACAUUCUGACACUGGUCGACGGCCACCGAGAAGCAACUGCGAUGACACAGGGAAUGAUGCCAGAUAUGUGCACGCUGUGACUAGACGACCAGGACUAAAACAACUUGGGAAAAUUGCUGUGCACAAGGAUUCUGCUGUGCGCUCCCGCAAACUCUUUAAUUUAAAAAAAAUGGUGUCUGCUCCGCCGGCAGUGACUAACUUAAUUUAUUUUUUAACACCCGCUCGUUGCUGUUGACAAUGCUCGCUGUCGAGGCUACUUUACCCGCUAGGAGUACACGCUGUUGAAUGAUGUGAAUUUCUCCCAUGUGAUAUUGCUGCUUGUUGAAGGAAUAGUAUUUAUUCUUUAUGGACUCUAUGAUGUUAUCGCACAGCUGCUGCUUGGGAAACCAAAGAAAAUGACAAACGAUGUUGCCCUUUCAAACACUGUGCUGCGACGGCGGAGAAUUAUUGGCGCUCAGCGACGGAGAAGAAAGGUGUAUGUGCUUACAUGUUAACGAGGUGCAACUGUAUCGACCGACCCCAGAAUUUUAUGCGACUAACGCUGUUCCCUGCUAGGGUUUAUGUGCAAUCACAUUACGGCUUGAGGUCUGUGAAUUUGAAGAACUGUGUUACGGCCUGUUUUAACUCUCUAGUUUGCAAUGAAGUGUGCUCUACUCUUGAAUCCCUCUGGUGUCCUGCUCAUAAAACUCUGCGAAUCCAUUAUAAAAAGUUACUUCUACGUUAAAGAGUCAUUUGAGAAUUAUGGUUUUGCGAUUCUCAUGCUGCAUUUCGGGUACAUUGCAUUCAACGCCAAUUAGGUUGCAGUUCUGCUCGUUGCUGCAUUUUGGAUACCACCAGCCAAGCAUUGGAAGGGGCUUGUGUCUCCAUCAAGCAAGCUAUUCUGCGCUGGAAGAUACCUACUGAAAAAGUGCUGUUAGAGCAAAAUGUCUCUAUUCUGGUAGUCAAGAGUGCUUAGCGCCUGAGAGUUUAACAUCCAAUAGGUACUUAUGAUGUAUUUGAAUGCAUGAAGGCACGCAGGCUUCAAUGAUAUCACUGACUGCACAAGGAAUGGGGCUCUAUUAGGUUUCUGCAAAUGUUAAGACCUUUAGUUAAAUGUAAAUACAAAGUUUUACGUUGUUCAAGUAGCUUCAAAUUUACAAUCAAGACAUUACUAUAGACUUGAGAGGUCCAUUUUAGAGGGUUAUUCAACCCUGUACCAACCAUUACGUAACACACAGUCACUGGAAUUCAAGCACAGUGAAACUGCGUUAAUUUCAUUUACGUUAUUAUCAGCUGCAGAACGUCCCAGCGUGUCAAUGUGUGUGAUGCUGUGGGGUGGAGGUGUGAUGAUUAUGCUCACAACCAUCUGCACAUCUUGUGUGGACGACUGUGACAUGUGCCAAUUGCACGUCAAGUCGUUUACGUGUGGUACGCACCUUUUUGUGUGUGCGCCUGUGAAUGUCAAGUGUGUACGAUGAUGCAGUACCGCACUUGCUAUCAGAACUGUCGAAGGGGAAUGGUGUCAACUGUUUACAUUAUCUAGCGUCCCCGUUCUUGGAUUGGAAAGGACACAAAAAAUUUGCUUAUGCAAAACCUUUUCGCCCUCAGAGACUCCUAAAAAUUUUCAGCACCAUCGAUUGGUUUGAAACGAAUACAAACCAGCUCACAACGUAAGAGGAAGAUAUGCAGUUCUGGAAUACUUGCGCUAGCCUGAUGCAGUUCAGUGAAGCUUUCAUGUCUGCAGGCAUAGUUUUUCUUUCAUUUUUUUAUUGUUUUUGGAAAGAAAAACAUUUGUUCCAAUGGCUCCUAAUAAAAGUAGAUAGUCAUUA